UAUAUAUCCUUUUUAUGUCCCCAUGUGACUGAGUCAGGAAUAAGUUUGAGUUUGUUCUUGAUUUUCCCCGUUCAUCAGCUGGUCAAGUGUGUGUCUGUGCAGGGGCUGGACAUGGUGCUGUACGGGGAGGCUGGGGAUUGCAGGCCGGGCAUUGCUUAAAUCCAUCCCGUCUAAUGCAACACACAGUGUGACUAUUUCCCAUACCACACAGCACUGAAAUUAGGCUUCUUCAUUAAAACUGAUACUGUAUGUCAGGCAGAACUUUGAAGCAAAUAAAUAAAUAAGCUUUGAUUAAUUGUGGUGGGAAAAUUACAAUGUUGCUCCUGCUAUGAUUGCUUAGGGUUUGCUAUGAUUGUUUAGGGUUGAUUUAGAUUGCUCCUCACUCAAAACAUUUUAUGCGGAAGAAAUGUCAUCCUCAUGAAGCUGUCGUGCAUUUGCUUCUGCCAUCUGUCCCCAAAGACUAGAACUGAGUUUAGUUUUUUUUUUUUUUAAUCCAUCCUGUGCAUGAACAUAUACUGGAACUGUGUGAGCUCUGCAGUGUGUCCACUAGAGGGCAGAACCAGUUACAAAGUUAUAAAACAGAUGCGUAGAGUCUCACCGGGGUAAAGUCGUUGGUGCAGGAAACAUGGCAGCCCCCGGCUUGAGCAAUGCUGUGCGGGUUAGACUUCACUUUGACUGUCCUCCUCCGGCGACACCGGGCUGCCGCAUGUCCUGGCUGUUCAUCGACCUGAACAAAUGCAGAGUGGUCACCGAUCUGGCGAGUAUCGUCAGAGACAAGUUUGAUUUCAGCCGCAGGACAGUUCUGGACCUCUUCAUUGACGACUGCUUCUUACCGCCUAACGAGAGCAUCUACGUCAUCAGAGAUAACGACAGCAUCAGGGUGAAAGCUGAAGGUUUUCUGCCUGCACUGAAUGGCAUUGUGCCCAGAGAAACCUCUCCUUGCAAGGAGCAGAACAGGCGCAGGUCUGUUGAGGAUGUGCCCUCAGAUAGAGAUCACACCAAGAAGAGCAAGAAGAAGAAGAAGAGUAGCAGCAGGGAGACCCCCAGUCUGACAGCGCAGCCCGAAGAGGGGGAGCACAGCGAGCACCGGGCCGAGAAGAAAAGGAAGAAGGAGAAAAUGACGAGGGAGGAAUCCACAGAGGAGGAGCACAGCCAGAGAAAAAAGACGGAGCAAGAGGAGAAGGCAUCCGCUGCAGAUACAGGCAGCAGGGACGGGAAGAAGCCCAGCAGCUGCUCUGUUAAGAGCUCUGCUGCUCUGUCCCCAAAACCAGCUACUGCUGCAGGUAAGAAACCCUCCUGCAACAGGCCAGCCCCAGCCUCCUCCCACUCCAGCAGCACCGACAGCGACAGCAGCGAGGAUCAACCGGCUUCCAAGAUCAAGACUCCACAGAGUGCCAGAGCCCAGCCCAAGCCAGGCACUGCAAGCAGGGGCACUUCUGCUAAACGAGCGCCUGUCCCAGUCAUAAAACCUGUGACCGCCCGGUCUGCUUCGUCAUCAGAGUCCAGCAGCGAGGCCGACAGCUCGCAGCCGAGAGAGGUGAGAGAGGCAGGGCUUGUGUCAUCUGUGUCGCUGCCAGCCAAAGAGACUGCAGCGGAGAGAAGCAGUGCCCCAGCCCAGGCUGAGACCUCCAGCUCUGACAGCAGCUCUGAGGAAGAGUUUGUGAUCAAGAAGCCCCAGCUGGAUUCAGGACUAAACAUGGCUGUGAUUGGCAAUGGCAAGGACAGGGGCAGGGAAACCCCUCUGGGGGUGGGAAGGGGGUCCCCGCUCGGGGAGGGGAGGAGUUUGGGGCGAGGGGAUGGCAGGUUCCCUUGGAGAGGUUCUGUGGGCCGGGGACUGAGAGGAGGCAGGACAAGAGGGACCACGGGACAGUGUUUCCCUUACGAUUACAAUGGAAGUCAGCAGCACCAGGAGAAGCAGCACUUAACUGAGAAGGCAUGGAACAUGUCUGUGGUAUUGCAGUAUCCUGCAGAAGAAGCCCCCAAAAAAGAUUACAGCUCCUGUCCUCUGCUCGCCGCACCUCCACAGAUGGGACAAAAAAUCGCUUUCAAGCUGCUAGAAUUAACAGAAAACUACACGCCAGAAGUGUCUGAUUACAAGGAAGGAAAGAUUAUUCACUACGUCCCCAACACUAAUCAAGUGGAGCUGGAGAUCCUGUCCUCUAACGCUGGUAGGACUUGCGCGAACUUGAAACGUAAACCUAUAGGAUACAGGAUCUGCACCAGACAUGUCUGGCCAGGACCAAGCAAAAGAUGCAUUUGCAAGGAGCCAGGGAAGUUUGAUCUGGUGUACCACACUCCGGAUGGGGCGAGAGAAAUUGAGUACGCUGUCUCAAGAGGCUCCAACAGGGUCACGGAGAGAUGGGAUUCCCUGAUUGAGCCUCGACUGAUUAUUGAACCUGCUAGUCUGCCUGCAGCUGGAGCGACUGGCUGACUUUUCAUUCUCGCCCUUGAUGUCUCCGGGAACCAACUGUGAAAUACCACAAGAUGUCUAUAUACAUUUUAUUGUUCUGUGGGUUUUGUUUCAAUAUUUCAUUUUAAUGCUGGGAAGAACUGUUUACUUUUAAAUGCAUCACCUGAUGUAACAAUGUUUCAUAAAUAAAUGUGCUUUUUUAUGUA